UCGGUUCAUCACCUGGUGACCCUCCACCUCCUUGAGCUUCAAGAUCCGCCAGCAAGAUGGUCUCCUCUGGCCCAGAGCUCCAGACCAAAGAGGAGGUGUACUGCUUCUCCCUCGCCAAGGCGCUGUACUGCGGGCCCACGCCUGUGACCGUCGGGUUCUACGCGCCAUGGGGCCACUGCAAGAAUUUCCUUCUGCAGAAGAUCCAGAAUUACAUGCACAUGGAGUCGAGGAAGAAGGACCAUCAGGAAGUCCAGCGGACGGGGCAAAGCCAGCGCGGGAGCUCCGGGCGGGACUUGCUCAAGGUCCUCCUGCUCAUGAUCUUCUACCGCCCGGUCCUGACGGCCCAGCAGAGGCAGAGGAGGAACAUCCAGCACAUCUUCAUCCGCUUCAGCGCCUGGGAGUAUGCGGGCAGCGACCAGCUCUGGGCCGGCCUCAUCACUACCCUGUGUGAUGGCAUCGAAGACCACUUUGGCCUCCUGCCCAUGAGCUUCUACAGGGCUGUGGGCAGGAAAUCUUCCAUCCUCGACGCCCCCCUCGAGAAGGAAUGGGUCAGUAAGAGGUACCUCUGCCUUCCUCUCUGGGCUGCAGUGAUUCUCCUGAUCACGGUGGCUGUGGUCGUGGGUGUCCUCAUCCUCGUUCUUGGGGUCCCUGUUGGGGACAUUUCUGGGGAUGCGAUUGUUGCAGUGGAGGGCGUCGGCGCCGCGGCAGUGGGCAUCUCUGCGGCUGCGGCCAUUCGGAUUGCCAUCCUGGUGGUGCGAAACUUGGUCGUCAACCAGAAAGCCCAGUUGGAGAGUCAGAUGAACCGGACGGAUCUCAGCGCCCAGCUGGGCUUCAUGAGCAGCGUCAAGAGGGAAGUCCAGGUGGUCAUCAGAUUCCUGCGGUUCAUGGAGAUCUUCCAGCGGCGGAAGAUCCGGGUGGUGCUGGAGAUCACUAACCUGGACCGGUGCAGCCCUGACAAGGUGGUGGGUGUCCUGGACGCCAUGAACAUCCUCCUCUCAGACUAUGAUGCCCCGUUCAUCUCCAUCCUGGCUGUGGACUCCAAAGUGGUCGUUGACUGCGUGGAAAGCUCCACAUUCAUGAAGGGCAUGGCCAACAACGGCUACGAGUUCUUGAACCGCGUGAUCACGCUACCCUUCUCGGUGCCCAGGAUGGACUGCGAGACCAAGGUGCGCCUCCUCCGGGACAUCGUUGAGUGUCGUAAGGAACAAGAGAAGGACCCAGAGGACGGCACAGGGAGCCAGACAGACACCUCCUUUCCAUUGGUACCUCACUAUAGUUUGGCUAACCAUGGUGCCGGGAACCCAAACCCAGAUGAAUGCCACGUGCCUCUCAUGGACAUAGGCCCUUCCACGCGAGGACCAUCCAACGGCUGCACCAGGAAAGCCGUCACAGCCAAAGAGAUCAUUCGAGAAGCUUUCGACUCCCUCGUGCAUGGCUCCAUGAAGGAAUACAUGACAGAAAACAUCGUGCAGAUGCGCAGGAUCGUGAACACCAUCGCCAUCACCGUCCGCCUCAUCGUGCAGAAGGUCCCCAAGGAUGAGGUCCGCCCAGAGAUGGUGGCAGCAUGGGUGCUCCUGGCCAACCAGUGGCCGUGUCGCCUGAGCUGGAUCUUGCAGUGCAUUGAGGACGAGGAGCAGAGGAACAACCCGGCUGGUUGCCAGGGAAAUGCGCUCCCUCCCGACAUGCCGCUGUGGGAGGUUUACGAGAAGUACAUGGAGGAGUUUGACCUGAUGAAGGGCUCGAUGGAGAAGCUGCUGGAGCUGGACCGUGAUCCCGAGCUCUUUCACAACUUCUUGUGUGGCCGGUUCCAGGUGAAAGAUGCCAACUUCUACCUGCCGUUCACCGUCAACCUCGACCCGUCCCUGCAAAGGCAGAUGGAGCUGCAGCGAGGCAGCCGCAGCCUGAAACGCACAAAGAAAGCCCGCGGCCUCUCCAGGUGCACCUUGCUGCGUAUGACCGUAGAGGAGGUCUGCGAGGAGAUGGCUACGCUUGGCUUUAAAGAAGGGAACCUCCAGCUCUACAAGGAGAGGGUGGAAGAGCAGCAAUUGAAUGGCCGGGCCCUUAUCUACAGCGACAACGGUGAAAUCAAAGAAGCCCUAGGCAUGAGCGUUGGAGAAUGGACUCUCUUCAGCAUGCACUUCCUAGGAGUCCUCCCCCAGGCCAGCCCAUCUGGGGUGGUUGUGUCCUCCGUCCCACAGUGCAUGAGGCAGGCCGUCCAGAAGAACAUUCACAGCUCCAGGGGGAGCUGGCUGUCUCUGAACCUCUCCCGAGAGGAUCUGCUGGAGAGGAGAUGAAUCUGCACCCCAGGCAGUUGGACAGGGUGCUGGGUGGGUGGGUGGCUGCUCUCGUCUGGCUCCGGGGAGCUUUCCUUCUCAUAGAUUCAUAGAUGCUAGGGUGGGAAGGGACCUCAAUAGAUCAUCGAGUCCGACCCCCUGCAUAGGCAGGAAAGC